CGCGAUGCAGCCGCAAGGCCCAGACGUCCCGAUCGGCAUGCCGACUCAGGUGGGCACUUCGGGCUUGGCUGCACGCGACAGCCGGGCGGUGAGCGAGGGCUUCUCGUUUGUCGUCGAUGGAUCCAAUCCAAAGUCUCUCGCCCAAGCACAUUCCACAUGUACGCUCGUUACGUGCCGCCCAGGCCUGCUGCGCUGGCCGCAGCUGACACCACCACCACCGCCGCCUCGCACGACCCCGUCUCUUCGAAACCAAAGCAAAUCAAGGUGCCAAAGGGCCCCUCUCGAUCCGACGACAAUGGCAGANAAAAGAGAAAGCGUGCAGAGAUAGACAACCCGCCCGCCGCCGACCAUGACAACGACCACGAUGCCCCCGCCAUUCCCAGCAAACACAGCGCCGUCUAUACCAAGUUCCAGAAGGCUGCCCAACGAUCCGAGGCUGCUAGGGCCGCUGCGCCCAGCGACCAUGUCGACUUGGCCGAUCAGCCCGAGCUGCACGGUAUGCGCCAUCCGUCUCGCGCGCUCACUUGUGACUCGCAGUCUGACCGCCAUNAUCUGAUACCGCUGCCCCAACCUGCUCGUGCCCCAACUCCCGACUUUGUGCCUUCCUUUUCCUCGCUGCCGCAAUGGCUCGCCCACCCAACCGUCGUUUCUCAGUCCACCACUCGUCCUUUCAGCGACCUUUCUUUGUCCAAAAAAACCCUGGCCCACCUCGAAGCUAGAGGCUACACGACUGCCUUCGCCGUUCAAGCUGCUCUGCUUCCUCGUCUCCUGCCGCACCCCUAUCUGACACAUCUCCCGCCGAACGAUGUCUGUGUCAGUGCCCCGACCGGUAGCGGCAAGACUUUGGCAUAUGUGCUUCCCAUCGUCGAGAAUCUGCGCACAAGGCUCGACACGAAACUGCGCGCCGUUAUUGUAGUACCUACCAGAGAGCUCGUCGCCCAGGCAUAUACUGUCGCCUCUACUUGCGCCCAAGGUUCUGCCAUACAGAUCGCCCUAGCCGUCGGCAACCAAUCUGUCGCUGCCGAACAGGACUUGUUGGUCAAGAGGGGUCGAGCAUACGACCCUGAACGCCAUCGUUCACUUAUGGACAAGGCCAGGAAACGUCAGUGUUUUGAACUUGAUUCGGAUCUGACCGACAUUGAGGCUACUAUGCUCGACGAUGUCGUUCGCCUCCCCACUGGCUAUAUCCCCACUUACAGCUCGGCCGCUGACCUCCUCAUUUGCACCCCAGGUCGCCUGGUCGAACACUUGACUGCUACUGCUGGCUUUACUCUGGACCACGUCGAGUGGUUAGUCGUCGACGAGGCAGAUCGUCUGUUGGACCAAAGCUUUCAAGAAUGGGUGGCAAAGGUGACCACCGCCUUGGAUGUCCAGAAACCUCUUUCUACGCCGAACUCCGAGACCGCUGCUCUACGCCAUCUUAUGCCACGUCGCGACAGAUAUGUUAGAAAGGUCAUUCUAAGUGCUACCAUGACUCGAGACAUAUCCAAGUUGAGUGCUCUCAAACUAAGACGGCCUACCAUGGUCGUAGUCAAGACAGAAGCUGAGGCCACUCUCAAUCACGAGGCGACCACGGCAGAGGGUGCAGACGGCUUUGAACUGCCCACCACUCUCUCAGAAUUCGCCAUUCCUGUAGGUGAUGGUUCUGAUAAGCCGCUCUUCCUGCUCGAACUUCUCAGAUCCAAAAUUUUCUCAAGCUCGACCCUCGAUACGAAGAAACUCGAGGACGAUAGUUCGUCGACAGAUUCAUCUGAUAGCGAUUUGUCUUCUGAUGACGACUCAUCUUCCGAUGAUGACAGCGAGUCCUCGGGUGGUCCUUCGGAUGAUGAUGAUGUCGACGAAAGUUCUGAUGAUAGCAGCAGCAGCGACAGUGGAAGCGAAAGUGAGAGCGAAAGUGAGGUGUUAUCAACCUCAAUCGCACCUAAACAACCAACAGGCUUGGCUUCGAAAGCGACGGGAAGCAAUAUGGUUCUGAUCUUCACACCUAGCACCGAGGCAGCAGCUCGUCUACACCAUCUAGUCACACACAUCGAACCAUCCUACAAAACUGCCACACUUCUCCUCACCAAAGCAUCUACGAACCUCAACUUCAACACCUCGUCUCCUCCGCGUAUCAUAAUCUCGACCGAUCGUGCCUCUCGCGGUCUGGACUUGCCGUUGCUGACACACGUCAUAAACUACACCAUUCCGCGUAGUCUGGCAUCCUAUGUGCACCGCGUGGGUCGUACAGCGAGAGCAGGACGAAGCGGUGAGGCUUGGACGCUAUUCGCCGAGAAUGAAGGUCGCUGGUUCUGGAACGAGAUUGCGAGAGCCAAGGGUAUAGGCAGAAGCACGAAGGUCGAAAGGAUGAACCUGAAGCUCGCCGCUGAACAGCAAGAAGGCGGAGAGAUGCGUGACAGAUACGUCGAUGCACUUGAAGGUAUGAAGGAGAUUGUGACCAACAAGAACCUGAAGCCCAGAAAAGGCAAGAGCAGGAAGGACGAUGAUGUGGACAUGACUGGU